UGGUUUUGUCCAUCAUCAUUUUUCUGGCUUGCAUUGGAUCUAUCUGGAGGAGAUCCUCAACUCGCUUCCAAACUCUUGAGGUGGACGUCCUUUUAUCAAAAAGGRCCUGUUUCUGGAGGGCGUCAUUCUCCAUGUGACAAACAUGGGCCAUGUAUAUUCUGGUCUGUGGCAAAUGUUUGACUAGGGUUUAUAUUUAAGAUGUUGGACAUGGCAAUAAUCCUGGAUGGAACUGGAUUUUGUGAUUUCCCGUAGUCGCUCAUUUGAUAUUUUAUAUCCCCAAUCCAGCUGUCCUUCCACCAAGGUAGCUGGGUCGACACCCUUUUUUCGGCUGUUGCGAGGAGGAACAUUUUUCCUUGCAUAGCCUCCCGAUACCAUCUUCCUUAGAAAAUUAAGAGUAGGUAGGGUAGGGAGGAGAAUUGCAGGUUUUAUAUUUCAGUUUCUCAAGAUUUAAUAGUUAGUUUAAUAUCUAAAUAAACUCUUGCAACUGAARGCCCUUGUGACUGAAACCGGAAGUAAAAUGUUAUUAAAGUCAAGGACAGGAAGCUAAUAACUUUUACAAAACAUGUGGACUCCCUGUGGUGAAGGUGAAAUUCUGAGAAACCGAGCAAGAAGUCACAUGAUGGRGUCGUUAUAAAUAUCACAAUCCCGAGCAAAAUCGCUCUCAUUAUUAAAUUGGACUUUUGUAACCAGAUUUGUCUUGAGCUCAAUCUGUUCCACUAGAAAUGGGUUGUUGUUUAGGCAGAGAGAGUAGUGAAUCUCCAACUGAAAACAAUCCACUUACUCGUUCACCUCAAAGMGACUUCCGGCAACAACGUACCAAUGAACACUUCGGUAAACACAAAAAAGCCAAGAAAAUAUUACAGUGUGUUUGUGCAWCACUGUGUCUGUGGAAACCUACUGGCUGGGGAUUAAUCUUCAGCUUUUUCUUGGCGCUAAUUUGUGUUUUCCAGCUCGUGUAUGAUUUGUUUGUCGUCUGUGGAUGUCCAGCAUUUGACUGCGGAUUUCUUGAAAAACGACUGGAAAAAGAUMAACUYCCAGCCAAUGCCUCGGCUCAUCACUCGUCUUUCCGCAAGACUUCUAAUACUGUAUACACAUUGGCAUCCAUUGGAGGCCUGUUUUCGUACACUUUAUUACUGAUUUCGUUGAUGCUMAUGAGGCGAAAACGGAAGUACGGUAACAAAGCCAUCGGGCCAUCAGAUGCAUUACACGAUGACUUAUCAAACAUACAGGUCAUGUUGAUCUUUUUAUCACAGUUUAUUUUAACAGUGCUGUUCUUGUCAGCUGUUGGAUUGUUUUAUUAUUUGGUUCGCGAUCAGCCCAAGGAUGGAUGGUAUUUUUACCUGAUGAUUCUUGGUGUUGCUGYACAGUUUAUAGCKYAGUGGGCUGCUAUURUUGGCUGUCACGUCUUUGCCAUUUCUUCUCUUGCCCUGGGGGUCCCUUUGGGUGGGACAGAACCACGACAGGCCAACCUUGAGGUGCCAACAGCAGAACGAGACUUGGAAAGGAAUCAAAGUGAAGACCCACGUGGACAAACAAAUGAAGCAGAAAAAAUUGAAAGAUUAACCCCUGUAAGUUACGGAUCAACCCUUACUACCAACGUGGGACAAAAUUCAAACCAAAAUAACUUUGAUAUUGUCGUGCGAUACCACGAAGAACURUGUGCAAUYGUUUCAGAUACYGUAUCAGCCUACUGUCCCUGGUUCGUYAUGCACUGGUUUUUCUAUGGUGCGACGUGUCUGAUCGGAGUCAUUUAUAUCUCGGAGGAAUUCACCUAUUCAAGAGAUCCAUUUAAACUUGCUUACGUAAGCGUGUUUCUGGUGACGCAUAUUUAUAUGUUUUUGUUCCCGUGUUGCUGUGCGGCCUACAUCACAGACACGUGUGGAGGACUCUACUCACGUAUUAACAAAACUACAUCAGAUUACUGGACUAGCGAAGGUCAUCUCUUCAAGGAACGCGCUCAACUCAUGAUGUUUACGGCUUACGCCAAAGAUAGACAAUGUGUGUUCAAAAUCGGCAGGCUCACCUUCACCUCCACGUUAGCAUGGAUUUCUCUUCUCCUCGGUUCUACUGGACUUCUUUUUCAUUUCUUUUGAAUGGAUGGGUUUCUGAAUAAAGCAAAU